UCGCCUAUUGCUGAUACGGUUGAUAUUUUUUUAUGACAUUCUUAGGGAGGACAAAAUAUAAUCAUAUAACUCAUUUGUAAGGAACUUUCUGGAACUUUCCCACAAGACGAACAAAGAAGUUGCCAAAAAGAUAGCUUCGGUCGCCUCUGACGUCACAUUUUGGCUGCUCCGCCCCGAGGCUGCUGGGGUUGUUUCCAUGGAAACAGAAACACGCCGUGUUUGCGGACUUGCCUGUCAGUCUUUGGUAGGUGCUGAUUUGAUUUAAAACGUUGCCGGUGGAUAACAACUGGCUAGUUAAUUAACAUCACAUUGCGGUGUAAUGGUAGUUAUUUUUGGUUUGGUCUUCAAGACUCAACUCAGAAUGUUACUGUAACGUGCUAACAUCACGUUAAGAAUAUAUGUGUUUUCUAGUUCAUUAUCCAGGAGGGAAGUUCAUUAUUCCCAAGCCCACAGAGUAGACGGAGUGCUGAGAAUGUCGGAGAUGGAGGACGGCGAAGUGGCACUUUCGGAAGGAGAAGAGACCGUGAAUGAAGGUGGAGGAGAAGGUGUAGAGGAGAAUAUGACAGAGAAAGAGGACACGAUGGAACCAUGCCCUCUGACCCAGGACAUGAUAACCCAGGGUCUGUCCAUGCUGUGUCACACAGGAAGUGGCCUGGCACACGCUUUUGUCAAGCUGGAACUCAAAGACAAACGGCUGACAGACAUCGCCCUGGUUCGCUCGUUUGUCCACGUGCGUUUUCUGGACGUCUCAUCCAACCAUCUCUCUGACCUCUCACCACUGGCUGCCCUCGCACAACUGCUUUGGCUAAAAUGUGACGGUAACAAGGUGCCCGGGUUCAAAGGACAGCCUCUGGGGCAGCUGAUGCACCUACAAUGGCUGAGUCUGGCCCUGAAUCACCUCAAAGACCUGGAGGGACUAGAAGGUGUUGGCCUGGAGAGCCUCAACCUCACUGGGAACCGUAUUCAGAGGGUCUCUGGGCUGCAGUACCACCGACUGACCAACCUGGUGACUUUGGAGCUGAGAGGAAAUAAACUGGAGACCACCGACGGCAUCCACCUUCCCAACCUCCGACAACUAUACCUGGCUCAAAAUAUCAUCAAGCACCUUGAGGGUCUAGAUAAGCUAGAACGUCUGACCACCCUGCACCUCCGAGACAACCAGCUGACGACUCUAGAUGGCAUCAGCCCGAACAUGAAGUCCCUGCAGUACCUCAACGUUAGGGGUAACCUGGUGUUUAGCCAGCGAGGCCUACAAAGCCUGGUGGGCGUGUCCAGGUCGUUGCGUGUGCUGGUCCUGAUGGAGAACCCUGUGGUGGAGAUGGAGGACUACCGUGUGCUGGUCCUGACACACCUGCCACUGCUAGAAUGCCUUGAUAAGGAACCUGUCUCCCCUGAGGAGAAGACCGAAGCCCAUGAGAAACUCCGGGGGUUUUCUGAUGAGGAGGCAGCAGUGACUGAACCCGAAGACAACUGACAGCCAGUCACCUGGUCACACACUCCACCUGGUCAC